UCAGUUUGCGAGAAACAUUCGACAGUUUAAGAUCGAACAGUACCAACAGUCCGCAAAUAUUUAAUAUUUUGUGUUUUUUUACUAUAUAUACACUUUAUUCCUCCUCGUUCGAAGUGAUAAAGAAGAAGACACAAGAAUCUUUUUUGAUUUUAUUUGUAUACACCAUUUUUAGUGAAAAUUGGACCGAUGCUGUCUUCUUCUUCCGAAAAAGUGUCAUUGUUUGUCAUCUUAUAUAAGAAUUAAUAGCCACAAAUUGUUCACUUAUAUGUGCAACAAAUAACAAAUAGCAGCAAUUACUUAGAAAAGAAGGAAAAAAUCAAUCGAAUAAGGUCAAUACAAGUGCAAAUUAAUAAUUGUAAAAUUUCACGACUAUUUCACAUGUACACCAGUUUUAAUAGUUACUUUCUGUGUUAUCGAUGUAGAAAAUGAACGUAAAAGUUUAUCAGUGAAAUAAAAAAAAAAGAAGUAUUCGAUAACGUCACUCAUGUGAUGUUCUGUAAAAGUUGAAUAAAGCAACUGCUUGUGUGACUAGAUAUGUGAAAAAUUCUUUUUAUACGUACAUAAUAUUGAUAAAAAAUAGUAGUAAUACCUAAUCGAAUAAUAAGAAGUUGUGGAGUGUUAUCUGAUAAGGCUCAUAAAAGAUAAGGACACUUCAGUGAACAAUUUGAUGUGAAAAUAAUAAAAAAAUAACACAAAAGAAUUCUCUUUUUUUGUAUGCAAAUUACAAUUACGGAUAUACCUCUAGAUAUCAUAAAUUUUUACUUCUGUGCUCUAGUUCCUGUUACGCUGUUCGCGAAUACAUAAAAUAAUAAUAUGAUAUAAAAUAGUCAAUCGAUAAUCAUAAAAAAUAAAAUUAUCAACGAAAAAUAUAAAAAUAAAAAUAAAGAUGAAAAUGCAAUGGGUCGAGGUGGAUUACGAUAAGCCGAAGCCUUCGCUCAAGAACGUCAAGGCAAAGGCACUUUAUGACAAUUUAGCAGAGAGUGUUGACGAACUUGCAUUUCGUAAAGGCGAAAUUCUUGAUGUUAUCGAGCAAAAUGCAGAAGGAAUGGAUGGUUGGUGGUUGUGUUCAUUGCGAGGCAGAAUUGGACUAUGUCCUGGCAACAGACUACGAGUCAUUGAUUAUGAAACAAGUUCAUGCUAUACACCAACAUCACCGCUUUCAUCGCCAUGCUCUACAUCUAUGAGCAUGUCUGCAUCAACAUUGACAUUUUCUAGUCAAAAUUCGAAUACAAGUGAAUUGUACGAGAAUACAUCGAAUAAAAAUUUCAAAGGAAAGCGACGUUCAUGGCAUAUAAAUCCAAACAAAGUCAUAACACCACAAAAAUUUGGAGACGUAUAUUUGUAUGAUUUGCUUCCUUCAAAUGCAAAUAGUCGUCUUAAUAGUCCCGGACCAUCAUUGACUUCAUCAUUUUCAUUUGAUGCUGAUAAUUACGACAUUCCAAAGGCAGCUAUUCCAGUCAAUAACGAUAUUAUUCGUCAACCAAGACACCAAGGAAUAAGUCGUCAUUCAGUAUUAUCUACGUCGAGUACAGCCACAAGUCUAUUCAGUAGAAUGGAUGAUUCAUAUGAUGUACCGCGUUCAUCAAGCAAUUUAGGAAAGAUGACACCAAGCAGCUCAAACUCAUCGUUGCUUACAUCCGAUAGUCUAAGUCUCAGCUUCUCAUCAUCAAAUCGUUCAUCAUUGGCCAAUAUGCCAGACUAUGACAUUCCACGUAAACAGCCAGUGUCAAUAAAGAGAACUCCACCACCUCCACAGUCACAAAGCAUCCUCUCACUAAAGUCACUUGAUCUCAACUCUGAAAAUUAUGAUGUGCCCAGUCCACAUGCUAAUAUUCAUUCACCAAAGAAAUUAGGAAUUGUUAAGGAAUUGCCAUUGGAAUUAUCGUCAGCACUUGAUACACUGUCGAGGCUUCAGAAUGAAGCAACAAUCGGUGUUACAAAGUUACUUUCAUUCGUUAAUUCACAAUGGCGAACCCGUGAAAAAUUCGAGCCAAUCAUUAUGGAUGUUAAAUUGGCUGUUGUCCGAUUAAAGACAUCCCUUCAUGAUCUCGCUGAAUUUGCUGAAGGUUCUCUUGGAAAUUCAUUAAAGACAGAAGAUAAGAAUUUAUCAAUAAAAUUGCGUCCACUAGUAAAGGCUCUUAAAGAUGCCGACAAAUUAAUUCAUGAGGCAUGUAAUGCACUAGACGCACAAGGCUGGAAUAUUGAAUAUUUACAACGAUUGGAACAACCAAAAAAUAGUAAAACUAAAGCAACAUUACCUCCAGACUCACUUGAUCAACUAAUUGUUGUAUCACAAACAUUAACCGAAGACAUACGUCAGACAUCAUCCUUUAUACAAGGAAAUGCAUCAUUAUUAUUUAAGAGAAAUGUCACAACUCCAUCGACACCAGUUAGUCAAGGAACAUGGCCAGAAGAUUCAGACUAUGUAUCAUUAGAGUCUGAAGAGAAUGUAGCCAAAAAGAAUGCUGAAAUUCGUAAUGCACUGCCAAAUAAUUUAAAGCAUAAUUUCGAUAAAGUCGUUAAAAGUGCUGAACUUGGAACUGACAUGAAUGAACCGCUUGAUCCAAAUGAUAAGACAGUUCUAUUGUACUAUACAACUCAAUGCUGCACACACAUCAAGUAUCUUACACAAGCAAUUGAUUCAUUUUUAAAGACAGUCGAGCACAAUCAACCACCGAAAUUUUUCUUGGCAUACGGCAAGUUUGUCGUGUUGAGUGCACACAAUUUAGUAAAUAUUGGUGAUAUUGUACAUCGUAAUGUAACAAAGAAGAAUGUUAAGGCACGAAUUCUCUCAUGUGCAGACUCAUUGUCAGAGUCGCUAAAGACAUGCGUCAUGAAGACAAAGAAGGCAGCUCAAAGUUUUCCGAGUGUAACUGCUGUUCAGCAAAUGGUCGACUCUGUUGUCGACAUAUCACAUUUAGCCAGUGAAUUAAAACUUGCUAUGUUGGAAGCUGUUACAAUUCCAUAAAUUGUUUUUGGAUAAGGGGCUGUUCACUUAUUACGUAACGCGAAAAAAUGACUUCUUA